AUGAUCAUUCUGGUGAGUUGCGUGAUCGUGACGCUGCUUCCGAUCACAACCGUCGAUGCUGCCUGUUCCAAAACGGUCGUCAAAACGAAGGUGAUAGUGAAGAACGACAAACGGAUGACCGUGAUCGACGAGCCAUGCUGCAAGGGCUACAAAAGGGUGAAGCUUCGCUGCAUACCGGUCUGCUCGUUGUCCUGCGAGAACGCCAAAUGCACCGCACCGGAUGUCUGCACCUGCAACACUGGCUACGAGAAGCUUUCCGACCAUCGAUGUAUUCCGCACUGCAACGAUUGCGAUAAUGGUAUCUGCACGAUGCCAGGCUUCUGCCAGUGCCACACCGGGUACACUCGAGGCGAGAAUGGCACGUGUGUGGCCGAGUGCAACGACUGCACCAACGGGUUUUGCUUGCAACCAAACGACUGUCAGUGUUAUGACGGGUACGAGCUGACAGGAUCUGGUGAACAGCGCUCCUGUCGGCCCAUCUGUCCAGGCCAAUGCCGGAACGGGCUUUGUGUCGCUCCCGGUGAGUGUAUGUGUGCUGAUGGGCUUUCGCUGGCACCAACGGGCGAAUGUCUUCAGCCAACUACUCCUGUCCCACGCUGCCCGGAAGGAUACGAAGAGACGUUGGAGGACGCCAGCCUGAACCUCGUCGGAUGUCGGCCGGUGUGUUCGGAACCGUGCCAAAACGGAACGUGCGUUGCACCGGAUCAGUGUGAAUGUUUUCCCGGGUUUUCCAAUGAUAACUCCAGCUCACCGUUCGUGUGUCAACCGGCGUGUAAUGGUGGUUGCGCGAAUGGAGACUGCGUGGCACCGGGUGUGUGCAUUUGCCACCCACAAUAUGGCAAGAUCGGAGACGAAUGCAUCCCGCUGUGUGAAGGAUGCAGUCUUGGGCAUUGCGUGCAACCGAACGUGUGUGUCUGCGAUCGUGGCUACCGGCUUAGUGAGGGCGAUUGUGAACCGAUCUGUGAGGAUGAGUGCAAGAAUGCGAUCUGUACUGGACCGAACGCUUGCACCUGCCUGCCAGGGUAUAACUACACCGACAUCAACGCGCUGUUCGAUUGUCUGCCCGUGUGUGACGAUGAGUGCAUUAAUGGCCGGUGCAUCGCACCGCAGCAGUGCGAAUGCAAUGAAGGAUAUGUGCAAGACGACGAGAACGGAUGCAUCCUUCCAGAAGAUCUGUGCCGGCUAGGGUGCAUCAACGGGCAGUGUCACGGUGCGAAGUGCAUUUGUGACCCAGGUUACAUCAAACACUCGAUCGAGGGUCACUGCGAAAAGACGUGUCCCAAUGGAUGCAUCCACGGAGACUGCAACGGUGGUGAUUGCUUCUGUCACGAUGGCUAUCGCCUUUCCGCGUACAACGCAUCCGUGUGUGAGCCGAUCUGCGGGGAGGAUUACGAUUACAGCAGCACCGGUUGUAUCAACGGGCGCUGCAUACGACCCAACGUCUGCCAAUGCGACGAAGGAUACGAGUUUGUGGACAUCAACCAGACACGGUGUGAAUCCGUGGAGGAGCUAACCCGUCAGCGGUUGGCUCAGGAAAGGAUGGCUGAAUGUCGGCGUGGUUGUAGAAACGGUAAAUGCCGAGCCGGGGAAUGCCGAUGUAACGAAGGAUAUGCCCAUCCGGAAGGAAGCGCAUUCACCUGUAAACCCGUCUGUCCGGAACCCUGCCGAAAUGGGACGUGUGUACGACCGGGGAUCUGCGAGUGUACCACCGGAUUCGUGUUUGUUGAAGGCAGCCAAACACACUGCCGAUCGGAGGAGGAUCUGCUCCGCGAAGGACACGAUCGAUGUGUGCCACUCUGCCGGAACGGAGAAUGUCAUGGCGAUCGGUGCUUCUGCAUGCUCGGAUAUCGAGCAUUAGAUCCGGAAGAUCCGUACAAUUGCCAGCCAGUUUGUGGACGUGCCUGUGUGAAUGGAACGUGCGCCGGAAACGAUCGCUGUCAUUGCUGGGAUGGUUACGAGAAAGCUGCUGAGGACGAUCACCAGUGCAAACCGAUCUGUUCGUCCGGUUGCCCACACGGGGAUUGCGUCGGUCCUGCGCAGUGUGCCUGUCAUCAAGGAUAUGCUCUAUCGGAAGGUGGCAACACCUGCGUGAAGGAAGAAUCGUUUGAGGAGCGAGCCACUCGUCUACGACAGUUGGAAUGUGAGCGAGAGUGUUCGAAUGGAUGGUGUGAGUCAGGCGAAUGUCGAUGUGUCGAAGGGUUCUACCACGAUAUCAAAAACCCGCUAAGAUGUGAGCCGUUCUGCGAGCGACCCUGCGAGAUGGGUCGUUGCGUUGGCAAUAACACGUGCGAGUGCUUGGACCGUCACGAGCUCGUUGAACCGUUCGUAUGUGCUCCCAUCUGCAGCGUGGAGUGCAUCCGAGGAUAUUGCGCUGCACCGGAUCUGUGCCGUUGCCACGACGGCUUCCGGUUAGUGGACGGGUCGGACAGUGUGUGUGAACCGGUGUGUGGUGAGAACGGUUGCACUAAUGGAGUUUGCGUUGGUCCAAACGAGUGCAGCUGCUUAGACGGAUACCUCCAAGAUCAGGACGAUCCAGCUCUGUGCCAACGGGAACCAACCGUGAUCCUGCAAUCGCACGAACAAAGCAGUGGCAACGAGUACUACAAGAUAUCGUACAUACACUACUUCAUCCCGGUGAUCGCAAUCGUGACGCUGAUCGCGGCCAUCCUGAUCGCGAAUGCGAUGAUGCGCAACCGCCAGAAGAACUACCACGUGGGGAAGCUCGGUAACGUACGGCGGCGGAAGGCGCCACGAAGCGGGUCCAGCAAACGGGACGCACCCGAACAGACCACCGAUUAUAACGAUUACAAUCUGGUCGUUCUCUUCCCUACAGAGAGCAAGGAAAACUGUGUCUACUUCAUGCCGAAACCGGACUCCAAGACGAACGAGCUCACAAAAUUGAAUCUCGAAGUUGAAACCAUCUGA